AUGACACGCACACCAUACUGCGAAUCCGCUAGCCACCCAUCUGCACACCACCCACCACCCGAAUCACCGCUCAAUGAAUUGAUCAAGAACAAAACAACUGUGGAAAAUUUGGUAUAUGAAUGUACCGAGACGGCUGAACAUGUGCCAAGGUUGAUCACUUCCAUCAGGGAAAGCCAGCAGUCAAAGAGUGCUAGCGAGAAAUUCCGAGCUCAAAGUCGUUUGAUCAGAGAUGCUCAUCAGAUCCUAGCUCCUGCCACACGUCUUGUAGAAGUAGCGCGUACAUCAGUAGCUCAUGUCAGUGAGAAUCACAUUGCCUCUAACCUUCAACAGACCAGCAAUGGGUUGUCCACAAACCUUGCCGAGCUAAGAACUGCUCUGAAUGCUGCUCAACAGCUUAACUUCAGCCAGCAGCUGAUCCACAGCGAGGAGUUAAUUAGGGAACUCGAUCAAGAACUGGAACUCGAUCAAGAACUGGUAGAAGUCCAAAAAGCAGCACAGCUGAAGCAAUUGUCACCACCACGUGGUGUCACUUCCCAAUCUGCUACAUCACAUCUGAUGUCAUCCGCACGUCAAGUUGGUAGCAGCAUCGCUCAGCUGGUAUCAGCUUCGGCUAGCCAGGAUGAACACCACAUUGGAGCUUCAGCUGUUGAAGCUGCACAGAGUCUUAGAGCUUUUACCACAUCGGUUAAGGAGAAGGCAGCACAGCUGAAACAGUUGUCACCACCACGUGGUGUCACUUCCCAGUCUGCUACAUCACAUCUGAUGUCAUCCGCACGUCAAGUUGGAAGCAGCAUCGCUCAACUGGUAUCUGCUUCCGCUAGCCAGGAUGAACACCACAUUGGAGCUUCAGCUGUUGAAGCUGCGCAGAGUCUUAGAGCUUUCACCACCUCGGUUAAGGAGGUGGUCUCGACCAGAACCGAUAUUCAACUUGAUUCAUUUAUCGUAUCUUCACGCUCAGUCGUACACGAUUCUGGAAGAGUAUUUGAUCGUGUACGUGAACAUGCUGCUCCUCCAGUGCUUGCCGAUUCUGCUAAGCAGGUUUGGGACCUUUAA